AAAGUGAAUAUUUAAAUAAAAGUGCUCCGUAAAGGACAAAGAAAAUAAAAAAAUAUACAUACAUACAUACAUAUCUGUCACGCCUGUCUCCCAUUAGGGUAGGCAGAAACAAUGGAACGCCAAAUGCUACGAUUAAAGUGCUCCGUAAAGGAUAAAGAAAAUAAAAAAAAAAAUAUCAGUUUAACUUGCCUUUAGUGAUUCUAGGCAUUUAGUGAUACUAAACUUGUGCUCGCCAGUGAAAGUUGGGAUUGUUUAUUAAUUAUGAAAUUUCUCUUUCAGUUGUUCUUGGCCAUAGGCCUUGUGAGUACGGAGAAAUUGGAUCGAACGUAUUUACCACCACCUGGUGCUAAGUUUUCUGGAGGAAGCCCAGGAGAUAUUCAGACGCCUUUAGAGUUCCCUAAAGAUACUUAUCCUACGACAACACGACCAGACGAUCGGUUAACUCAUACAGAUGAUUCCCAAAUAGAAGUUGGAAUAAACAGAGGAUUACCACCAGUUUCUGAAGGACCAGGCCUGCCUACAGUUUAUAGACCUCUUGCCCCAAGUUCUAAACCAUCAUAUGAUUUCCAAAAUAUUUAUAAAUUACCAACAACGACGACGUCAUACGCUUUCUCUCAAACUACCACGCACCCUCCCGUAGAAGGCUUAGAUAAUACAGUUGGCCCAUUCGGUCUCAUAACUUCUGGGUUCCCAACAACCUAUUUCCCUGAUUUCUCAACUACUUCACCUGGUUUAUUUACGGCACCUCAUUUGGAACAGGGACAGGAAAAUAUUUCUGGAUAUCAACCAUCUGGUAAUAUUCAACAACCUGGACAGGUACCUCCUUUUAAAGACGCUGUGUCUCCAUCCAUUACACCUGUUAGUCAAUCCGCCAUAGAUCAGAAUCGUCCUGGCUAUUCCGUAGAACAGCGUAAUCAAUACCAACAUGUACAACAACCAGUUUCAAAUGUUCCCUCUGGAUCUAAGAUGCAAGUAUCUGAUUUCGUAUCCCAGUUCCCCCAAUCAGAAGGACAAAAUGUAGGUCAAUAUCAAGGAUUCCCGACAAGUGUUCAAACUGUAGAUCAGCCUGGUCUUGUUACAUCUAAUGUCCCAACCUCUAUAUCGCCUGAUAUUACUGCCUCUUAUGUUAAUAAUUUUGAUCGCACACAAGGGCAAACAUUUCCUGGCAAAAAUGUUCCUCCACUGAAUCUGACUCCUAACCAGCAGUCUGUAACAACUCAAAGUGAUAUGAUUAGCCCUGGUUCACAAUUUAUUCAGCAACCAGGACAGCAGCAAUACCAAGGUAAUGCAGCAGGGAGGAUUCCAUCACAACAAGUUCUCUCCCAAACAGACACAAAAUUUGGACAACCUGGCUUCGAAGAUUCACAAAAUGUUUAUACACCAUCUUCUACUAUUUCUCCUGCUAUUCAGGCAUCAGAUUUCCCCCGUACGCCUAAUUUACAGACUUCAGCAUUGCCUGAUGAGAAUAUUUUAGCAUCAACUCCAAUUUAUACAGAUAUUAAUCGAGGAAUUAUUCCAAGUAGACCAGUAAAUCGUCCUGAAAGACCACAAGCAGAAUCAGAUAGAAAUGCUGUUAUCCUUAAUUAUGAAAAUACCAUAACUCCUGAAGGAGAAUUCGCAUACAGUUUUGAUACUUCCAAUGGCAUACAUGCAGAAGAGAAUGGAACAUCAGUCGACGGUGUGAAAGCAAAAGGAGCAUAUUCAUAUAUUGGUGACGAUGGCAAACUAUAUAGUAUUGUAUACUCAGCAGAUGAAAAUGGUUUCCAACCUCGUGGAGAUCAUUUACCUACACCUCCACCAGUACCUGAAGCUAUACAAAAGGUUAUAGAACAAGCUAUCAGAGAUAAAGAAGCUGGUAUAUCUGAUGAUGGUACUUACAAUGACGAUAAAUAUGGGCAUAAGAAAUAUCAAGGUAUUAUGAGUGGUUACCGCCCUAUAGGAUCAAGCCAAGAUGUUAAUAAAGAUAGGGAUGUCACCAAAUUACCUAAGAAUCGUUACAAUGAUGACGGCGAGAUAGUAUCAGUUGGAAGUGAAGGAAAAUACAUUCCUAGUGAAGAAGAAAGUGGUGAUGAUUUAAAAGAUACUACCGUAGGUAACAGACGUCGACCCGGUAGUAUGAUUUCUUCAAAACGUCCUGUUGGUCAAUUAUCGACUGAAAAUGGUAAUGAAGAAGAUCAGGAUCGUUAUGAAGGUUUACCUAAAAAUGAAUAUGAUCGUCGUCGACCAAUUAAUAAAAUUCCCGAAAGAUAUCCUGCAAAUCGUAUACCAGAAGAUAGUAAUAAUGAGAAUAAUCAGGAAUUUUAUGAUGAUUUAAGAAGUGACAGUAAAAAGUAUCCUAUUGAAAAUGUACCUACCAAACCUUUCUUCAAGAAACAACCCACUGAUGUUAAUACACCUACUUAUGAAGAAGACUUUGCAGAUAAUGGAAAAGUAUCCAUUGGAAAUAUAAACUUUCAGCGUCCCUCUAAUCAGUUUCCAGGUACUGAUGUAGAUGAUGAAAAAGAUAAUUUCCAAAAAUACAGUAGUCAGAGACGACCUACAACUAAAAUCCCAUCUAGCACAUCAGAUGACCGUAUAAAAGUAAACAAUGAAUUGAAAUAUGUAAAACAAGGGAAGACCCAACCGAUUGAAGCUGGAAUAAGUAAGUCUCAAAUACCUGAUAAAUUUUAUCCAAAUGCUGAUAAGUAUUCGUUAAGUCAUCCAAAAGACGAUACUGUAGAAUAUGAAGAUCAAACAGAAGUUUCUGGUGAUGCUGCUCAAAAUUCAAAUAUUCCAAUAGUACGUGGUCGUAUACCUUCAGAAAUAUCAGGUAAUAAAUUCGUAGAUUCCGAUGAUACUACUUAUAAAUCAGUAUCACAGACUAGGAAACCAUACACACAGAAAACAGUGACUACAACACCAUUUACAACGAAGCGCCCAAGUUUCGUUGAUAGAUAUAAUCAAAAUAGAGAUAAGUCACAAACGCAGACUACACUUACACCUGAAACUGUAUCCUAUGAUCAAUUUGAAGAAAAUCUUGCUACUGGAUCUCCAUAUACUAGUCAAAGUGGAAAGCAAUCAACAUUUAAGCAACAACCUAUUGCUGGAAACAAAUUAACCAACUUACCUACAAUUCAAAAAGAAAGUGGUUAUCAGUAUCUACCGCCACAAAAGAAAUUUGAACAGGGUACAUCUAAAUUUCCAUCAAAAUCACAAGAAAUAUUACAAUCUACAAAAAUUCCUUCAAAAUAUUAUGAUAGUAAAGAUAACGGAAUAAAUGCAAAACCCUUCACAACACCCAGUGUGACUCGUGAUGAAACAGUAGAUAAUGAUUACGAACAUGUUCCGGAAGAUGAACAAUACGGAACAUCCAUUACAGCCAAGCCCAGCUAUACACCUAAUUUAAACCAAAACCAACCACCAUUUACUCAACAGAAAGAUUUAAAUCAGUAUAAUGGUCCAGAAUACAAUGUACAACAAACUACACCUUCUCGAUAUGAUAAUGAAGAUACUCAAAAUAGAUUUCCUGGACAAGUUAGUCCACAAACAGUUGCUUCACGCCGACCUUCAUAUCAAGAAACGAAGACAACUGGUAGACCUUACCAACAAUUUAGACCUGGUUUAGAACAUGAAAAAUCACAAGAUAUUGAAAAACAGCCACUACCCGGCCAAGAUAAAAAUAAGUAUUUUGAUGAAAAAUAUCCAGAUAGACCAAGUGGUUCUUUUGGAUUGAUUCCUUCAACUGCGUCAACGCCAGCUGAAGGUACAUUUGUUACUACUGCCAAGACAGAUGUUUAUAGACCGGGGCAAGACUUUCAGGUAAAUAAUGAGGGAAUUGGUAAGCGUCCUGGUACACAAGAAUAUGGUUACAUGUCAACCACCAGAAUGCCUUCACAAUCACAGUCAAUAGGAAAUAUCCCAUCACAGUCACCUAAAAGCACAUAUCGACCAACUGUUUCUGAAACAGAUGACUAUUCUAGAACUCCAGGUUUUGAAACAUCUCGGAAACCGGGGUCUAAAAUACCUGGUAGACCUAGUACGUACUCUAAAGGACAACUUCCUAGUACUACGUAUCGACCUCCUUUUACGUUGAGAGAUGAUACUGAUCAAGAAAGCGUAAUUGAUGAAUUUAGACCAGUUUCAAAUAAAUUCCAACCUAAUCAAGGAUUCGAGCGCACUACGACAUAUCGACCAAAGUAUUCUGGUCAAGACAGAGCUGCAAGUACUCCAGGUUACCAAACUCCUGAUGAUAGAAUGUCUACAGAAUUUAAGCCAGGUUUUGGUAGAUUUGAUACUCCAACUACCUUCCCCGCAACACAGGAAGGGUUAUCUACUACAACACCAUACAGAGCUCAACCCACAACACAAAAGGUCAUCGGCGAAGAUUUCAGUGGCCCCAAACAACCUCAAAAGUUCGAUCCGAAAUAUGGUUACUAUUAUUAAUAGUCUCAAUGGAUAUUAUUUAUUAUAGUUUAAUUUAU